CAAGAAAAUGAAGUUUUACAGAUUAUUUGAAGAAAUUUUCCACCCAAACAAUAGAAAUCGAAAAUGAAUGAUCAACGGCACAUCACGGGAACCAUUACUGACGUUUGUGAUUAUCAGCAGCCGCAAGCCUACUAUCAUGUAGAAAUCAUGAAACCUGAAUUGGACCUGAAUUACUUGAAAACAUUAUCUGGAAUGUUGAAGUGUAUCUGCAUUACUUUAGACUUCAUCUGUUUCAUUUGUCUGUUGGUUGGCGGUCCAGCUUAUUAUAUUGGUGUCGGAUGGAUCAUCUUCGUUUGCGUAUUUGGCAUGCUGGUAUCACUAGUUCUUCUAAUCCUUUAUUUAUUUCAUAUUGUGGAUCUCCUUCAUCAGAUACCUUGGAUCGUUAGUGAAAUGAUAUUUUAUUUUGCAUGGGCCGUGUUCUUCUUCAUAUGUGGUUGUGUGCUGGCCUUAGUCGCGGCACGAUUUCAUGGUAUUACUGGUUAUGGUGCAGCUUCGUUCUUGUCAUUUGGGGCACUAUGUGCUUACGGCUUCGACAGCUAUGUGAAAUUUCUGGCCUGGAGACAUAACGAGGUGGCAACUGGCGGAAUAGCAGUGAAAUACUUACCUUAUGGUGACACUGCAGUACCAAAAGACCAAGAGAGAAAAGUUGUCAUCAAUGAGUGAAGAGUGAUUUAAAAUAUCUAUUCCAAAUGUCGAUGCCAUCGAAUGGAAUGCAAUUACGACCACCAUAUUCUAGUUGUAA